UCCUCCCUAACGUAGUUUCCUAUGCUUUAUCCGGCCAUCCCAAAAUGAAAAAUCCACUCAAUCUCCAAAAACCCUACUAAAAUACAAAUCCAAAAUGCUAUAGACUUCUCCUUACUAUCAGUUUAUUAAGCCUUUCACAAAUCCCAACCUAAAAGCUCCUCAUUCUGUUCAUUGUUAACCAUGAAAAUGUACCUUAAUAGUGUUCUAAGCUCAAACACGUAAGCUGUAUUUCUCUGUAUUCUUCAGUACAUUUUCUCUUACACCAAAUGGCCACUUCUUUAUCCCACUCUCCCCAGUUAUUAACUUUCUCUUACAGAAAGUCUUACCCCUCUUUCUCAUUCCCCAAGAUUCAAUCUUUCUUGCACAAAAACAGACAAUUUCACUUAAAGACUCAAACUUUACUCCCCAAUAUUCAAUCUUUCUUGCAUCAGAAGGAAAAAAUUCACUUAAAGACUCAAACUUCUAACCAUUUGGGUCAUAUUCAAAGGGUAAAAAGAGCUUCUUGUUCUGAUAGUUUUCUUGAGAUAAUUGAAAAGGAAGAGUCUUUACUGGCUACUGAGGAAAAACCAUUGAAAUUCCUGUUGUGGGUGUUGUUAUGGGCCUCUGUAUCUAUUGGUUUAUUUGCAGUUUCAGGGAAUGCAAAAGCUGCUACUGCUGCUGCUGACUCUAUUCGGGCUUCGGGCUUUGGUGUAAAAGUUGCUACUGCUUUGAGAAGUUUAGGCUGGCCAGAUGAAGCUGUUGUGUUUGCUUUGGCUACACUUCCUGUUAUUGAGCUUCGUGGGGCUAUUCCUGUUGGUUAUUGGUUGCAACUCAACCCUAUUGCAUUGACUGUCUUAUCCAUUCUUGGGAACAUGGUUCCCGUCCCCUUUAUCGUGCUCUACCUAAAGAAGUUAGCAAUUUUCCUUGCUGGAACGAACAAAUCAGCAUCAAAGCUUUUGGAUUUUUUGUUUGAGAGGGCGAAAGAGAAGGCAGGUCCAGUACAAGAGUUUCAAUGGCUCGGUUUAAUGCUCUUCGUGGCAGUUCCAUUUCCUGGAACCGGAGCUUGGACAGGAGCCAUCAUAGCUUCUGUCCUCGAUAUGCCUUUCUGGUCUGCUGUUUCAGCAAACUUUGUUGGUGUCGUCUUGGCUGGACUUCUGGUAAACUUGUUGGUGAAUCUUGGACUCAAGUAUGCUAUUAUAACCGGUGUAAUACUGUUCAUUAUUUCGACAUUCAUGUGGAGUAUCCUUCGAAGUCUUAAAAAACGCUGAGCUCAUCAAGCUGAUAUCAACACCUAUUGAAGUUUUGAGAUGAUCAGUAUAACCCAUUAUGGAUAAAACAGUAACGAUGAAUAGAAAGAGAAGUCUUUUUCUUUCUUUAAUCGAUCAAUAUUACAACUUUUCCUUCACAUGUAUAUUGCUAUUAUUUGUAUUGGGCACCAUCAUAUCAUCCCAUCUGAUCAAUCAAGAAUACCUCAACCGGAUAAAUUCACCUA